AUGAUAAGAGUAGAGGAUGCAGGCAUCAAAUUGCUCGGUGCCAGCCUGGGAAUCGUCCCGUGCCGAGCGCGGUUCGUCGGGAGAUUCGUGGCGUUCUCCACCUUUGUCUCGACAACAUCCGGCCUAUUCUUUGGACAGGCCGGCGCGUUGCUCGGAGCGGGCCCGCUCGUCCCAUAUCUCGUCGGCGCCUGUGUGGAAAUCAACCAAUGCGUCGGGCGCGAACCGGCAUCACCACGCCAUCGAGCAGGCGUCGCGUCGAUGGCGAACGCGCCGUAAAAUUUCGAUUUCCACACAGGUCGGCGCGUGGGCCGGCUACUCCCUGGCAGGGGUCAUCUUCUGGAGAGGCGAGGUCAAGCGGGCGCUCAAGUUCGUGCAGGCCUACCCGCGCCUGAUGGAGCACGCGCUCUUGAGUUCGGGCGACCACGGCGAGUCUCAGACGUUCAAGUACGCGACACGGACCUGACGACCUGGAUCCGCGCGGACGGGUGCUCGCGGUGGCUCCGCACCGCGCGGAUGAGCACGCCUCGGCGUCCUCGAGCCUCAACGUUUGCGACGCGCCGUCGCCAUCGACGCGGCGGCUCACUCGUUCAAACACAGGCUGGCUCGUCCUCGCCGCGCAGAAGGUCGCGCCGUCCGUGCAGCAGAUAGAAGACGCGAAGCGCGACAAGCCCAUCCAGGCGGACAUCGAGAGCCAGUAA